UUUCCUUAUCCCCUCUUUAAGAGUACGAAGUUUAGAAUCUACCUGAUAAAGCGCGUGUUAAAUGGUUUAUGUACGAAUAUAAAUACAAUCGUGGAGAGAAUGUUCAAAGCAGUGCGGCGAGAGCUGACGUGGAGUCAUUGUCGCUUUAUCACGACUGUCAUUGCUCGUUCCUUUCGAGAUAACGGUGAAACAGCAACAAGAUCAGACUCGGGGAGCACUUGGAUCCGAAAGUGUUCAACACAAUCAAGCAAGAUGGUGAAGGCGAGAAAAUACAUAUUGGUGAAUUAUUUUGUGAACGAAGCAAAACCAACGGACUUAAAAUUAGUGGAAGAAGAGUUGCCGCCGUUACAAAAUGGAGAAUAUCUCGUAGAAGCUGAAUAUCUUUCUGUUGAUCCAUACAUGAGACCUUAUGUGCGAGAUAUCUCACUCGGGGUCACGAUGAUUGGUAGUCAGGUAGCAAAGAUCGUAGAAUCUAAAAAUCCAGCCUUCCCAGUCGGCAAGAGAAUCGUCGGAAACCUGGGCUGGAGAACUCACACGAUUAUCAAUCCAAAAACCGAAAAUGAGUUUUUAAAACAAAAACCGUAUCUUUUGCUAGACAUAGACGACCUGCCACCGUCUCUUGGUCUUGGCAUGCUGGGAAUGCCGGGUAACACGGCAUAUUUCGGCUUGCUGGAGAUAUGUAAACCGAAGACUGGCGAAACAAUCGUCAUCAGUGGAGCCGCAGGUGCAGUCGGCUCACACGUGGGCCAGAUCGCCAAAAUUUUGGGCUUAAAUGUUAUCGGUAUAUGCGGCUCCGAUGAGAAAUGUAAGUGGCUUAUUGAGGAAAUGGGUUUCGAUUUUGCCAUCAAUUACAAGACCACACCAGUCGCAGCCAGAUUACGCGAAGUUGCUCCGCAAGGCGUGGAUUGCUACUUUGACAAUGUCGGUGGGGAUAUCUCUAGUACAGUCAUGUAUCAAAUGAAUGUGUAUGGUCGGAUAUCUGUAUGCGGCAGCAUCUCGAGCUACGACGCCAAGUCUUUGCCUAAGUGCACGAUUUUGCAACCUGCUAUGGUGUUCAACCAAUUGAAAAUGGAGGGCUUUAUUGUCAGACGUUGGUCGGACCGAUGGAAUGAAGGAAUCAUGCAGAAUCUGCAAUGGAUACGCGAGGGCAAACUUCGUUACCGUGAGACCGUAACUAAAGGCUUUGAGAACAUGUUCGAUGCCUUCAUCGGCAUGAUGCAUGGCGAAAACAUCGGCAAAGCGAUCGUCCAAGUGUAGAUACCACAAUGUCGAUAGGCAUUUCUUCUUAUAAGUAUUUCUGCUCGUUCGUAAUUUUACAACUGUAUUUGAAAUGUUUUCUAUAUUUGUUGUUGCUUAAUGUUUUUUUAAAUAAUAAUCAUACAUUUAGACAUUUAAAUUUUGUAAGGAAAAUUACAGGAUAAAUUACUAUAAAUAUGGAAUGGAAUUUAUAUGAUCUAUAGAGAUAUUCUAUUUUUAUAUGAAAAUUCAGGUCCAGUUGAUGAAUCCGUUGAAAUCGUUUAUAUAUAUAUAUAUAUAUAUACACAUGUUGUUUACAUCUUAUCUAUCGAACUUCUAUGUAUAUGUAAGUCACAUUGUGAUUAGUAAAAUUUUUCUCCGAUAAAUAUGAUAUAAUUAUUAUACGUAACGUAUUAUAUAACUAACUGUUAUAAUUAGGAUGAAAAUAAAGAUAAUUUAGAUAAAUUAAUUCUAAUAGAAUUAUCGCAUUCUGUUAAUGUGAUAAUUCUUUUCGUAAUUUUUAUUUUAGCGCUUAUCUAGCAGAAUCGUAGAUCAGUUAUAAUAAUUCAAAUAGUUAUUAAAUUACUGGAUAAUAGAUUUUGAUAAGCUUUAUCUGUAGUCUCCUUAUCCCCACUUUAAGAUUGCAUUUUGAAAAGCGCGUUAUUAGCGCUAUUUGUGUAAUAUUAUCCUUAUCUUAUUUUUAAUGGAUGAUGAAAACAGAAUGAUACAAAUAGCACUAAUAGCACUGCCCGAACGCAGCCUAUUAUGAAUUCGAGCUUACAUACCUCAGUAUACACUAAACGCGUUCGAAUUAUUUAUAUGUCGAACAGUAAUUGCGAUCGAGUUAAGGGAAUGCUGGAGUGUCCUGUUUUAUCAUUAAUUAUAAAAGACGCUUUUCUCUUAA